GUCAACGAUAAAGUGAAACCAACAAAUCAUGUCGGUUUCGACAUUUUUUUGGUUAUUUGAUAAUAAUGUCAUCAUAAUCUAACCUUAGUCUUAGAAGAGUGAACUGUCCGUUAAUAUGUUCAAAAGGUUCAUACAUUGGUGCUUACGACAAUCAACAAUACAACUAAAAAACAUGUCCUCAGCAAGUAGCACUCAUCUUGAGCGCACAUCCGAUAAUACAAGAUAUGAGAUUUCAAGCAAAGCAACUGUGAAGGAAAUUAUCAGUGAAUCAAGCAUUGUAAAGUCACUAAUCUUGAAAAUCCACAACAAGAAGUUUAUGUUCAAAGCAGGACAGUGGGUUGACACUCACAUACCAGGUGUUGAGACUGUCGGAGGUUUCUCCAUGUGUUCGGCUCCGUCGUUACUCCAGGAGCGAGGACUCCUCCAGCUAGCAGUCAAGUGGAGCAGCCAUCCACCCGCAGACUGGAUUCAUAAGAAGUGUAAGGUUGGAGAUGAGGUGGAGCUGAAAGCAGGUGGCGAUUUCUACUUUGACCCUCCUCCAGGAGAGUUCCAGUGGAAGCUGGUCCUGAUUGCGGGGGGUAUCGGCAUCAAUCCCCUCUUCAGUAUUCUGCAGCACGCCGUACACCUGACAGAACAGUCGGCAGGAACUAACAGACCAAAGGUCAUACUGCUGUACAGUGCUAAAACACCACAAGAGCUGAUUUUCAAGGAUAAUAUUGAUAAAAUUAAUAAAAAGUACAAAAACAUCAGUGUGCAGUACUUUGUAACUCAGCAAACGGGUGAAGAGGGUAGUGGUGAAGGCAUUAUUGAAUAUAGCAGAAUAAACUUGAAGCAGAUCCAGCAAGCAGUUGAGAAAGUGAAAAUGGAUGACCCUGAUGACCCGCAGGUGUUUGUGUGUGGACCCUCAACACUGACCGAUUCUGUUGUGGAACAUUUGACGAAGUGCUCAGUCCCACAGGAAAAUGUACACUAUGAGAAAUGGUGGUAGGCUAUAAUUAACAAAAAUUACUUUUCCAAAGAGUAUUUAUUGUGUCUUCUGUUGUAUUUUUCUAAAUUUUUACAUAUCAUGGCUUGAAUGACAAAUAUGGGCAGGAUCUAGCUCAGUUGGUAGAGCACAUGCCUGAGGUGCUUGCAUUGUAGGGAUUUAAACCACCUCAGUGGGCCCAUUCUCUGAUUGGGGUUUUCCCCCAUCUCAACUAGCUCACCAUCACUGAUGCUUCAAAGGCUGUGGUAUGUGAUGUCCUGUCUGUGGGAAUUGCAUAUAAAAAUUACCAAAUGUUUGACAUCCAAGAGUUGAUGAUUACUAAAUCAAUUUAAAAAGGUUUUGAAUGAUAAAUAUAAAUUUUAUAAAAAGUGCUCAUUUUGUGUUGUUGACUUGAGCAGAUGUCUCAGGCCUGGUGCUUAUAUAAAGCUUUUAGUGUCUAGACUCGAGACUCUAAUAAAGAGUCUGAGACAGUAAUGUCAUGACAAUGCCAUACAAGUUACAUGUGUGUGACGUCAUUUGAGAUCGAGUGUGAACUCUAAAUAUUUUAUAAGCACAGGCCCAUAUUACCUGUUCUGCAAUGAUGACACACUAGCAUAUUUUGAUCUGUGCCUAUCAACACUUUCAUAAAACAUUCAUAAAAUGUCAGUGCGCUGUCUGACCCUGGAAAAGUUGGUUCUCAUGUUAGCACUUAGGUUUUGUGACAGAAUUCACACCCUGAAAUAAGCUAUUCGGUGAAGGUUGAUUUAUUUGUUACAUUUCCCUUUGUUAGCACCAAAUGUUUUUUUUCUCUUCUUCAGCUAAAAGAAAAUCAAUAACAAAACAUUUCUAAAUGCCAAUUGUUACAAAUCUAGUGAUUAAAAUGACAAACAGAUGAAUCAACCCCCUCUGAAUUUCUCUAUUACCUCAAUUGGUAAAGUUUUCAACUCUCAUGCAGAGGGUCCCUGGUUCAGAUCCCCACAGUGGAAGUUGAUUUAUCCGUUACAUGCUUGAUAUGUAGCAAGAGGUCUUUUAUACAUAUAGGCACGUAGCCCAUUGGUAAAGCACAAGCCUGAUGCACGGUCAGUCUGAGAUGAGAGCAUGACCCAUAAUAUUGGAUAUAAGCACAAAAUAAAUAAUAAAAUAAAAGAUCCCUUGUUACUAAUGGAAAAAUGUAGCAGGUUUCCUCUCUAAGACUACAUGUAUAUGUCAAAAUUACCAAAAUUAUGUCUGACAUCCAAUAUCCGAUGAUUAAUACCUUAACGUGCUGUAAUUGUGUUAUUAAACAAAACAAACUUUAACUUUUCUAAACAGCACACAGGUACCAGUCAGGACAGCCAUUGAAAUACGAGUUGUGUGUAAACCUCUUAUUUCAUACAUAUAAAUCAACAAGGUUGUUUGUGCCACUAGAGCACAUUGAUUAAUUAAUUCAUCGGCUACUGAAUGUCAAACAGUUGGUCAUUCCGACUGUGGUGCACUGGUUGGAAUGGGAAAAAUCCCAAUCAUUUGAAUGGAUCCACUGAGGUGGUUCAAUACUGUGAUGCAAGCACCUUAGGCAAAUGCUCAACUGACUGCGCUAAAUCCCACCUCUCAGAAAUUAUUUGCAUAUAUGAAAUGUGGAUAUUUACACUUGUGCCAACCAGUAGAGAUGUGAUGUCAUUUGUUGGGGAUGUUAUUGGAUAUUUUUUGUUAAUGCAUCCAAUGACUGCAAUACAGUGUGUGAAAUUGAUAAACAUGUACAUCAAACAAAUUCUUAUUUGUUAUUACAUGUAAGCAUCCGAAUAUUGGGACUGCAAUCUGUGAAAUCGAUACUCGAAAACAUUGUUGUUUAUUUGUUAUUAUACAUUCACGUAUUGGGAAGUCCUGCAAUCUGUAAAAUCCAUAUACAGUCGACCUUCGAUAACUCAAACUUCGAUCUUUCAAAAACGUCGAUCUCUCGAAGUGAAAAAGGCGGUUCCGGCUGAACUGCUGUACAAACUAGUAAUAACAGACUUCGAACACUCAAACUUCGAACAUUCGAAAAACUCUAUCUCUCAAAGUAAUUUUUUGGUCCCACCAUAAAAAAUUAAGGGACAUUGCACUUCCAAAACUCGAAGUUUGUGGAGUGACUGAGCCUUUUAACUGUACCGGUAAUACUUUAAAGAAAAAUGAAUUGUCACCCAAGCCAAGCGUGAGUGCCCCGACUGGUCUCGGCUAUUGAUGAUAUACGCGGUAAUUACAGAAUAAUAGAUCGCCGACUAUGCGGAACGAAAUGAUCCUACAUGCCUGCAUUUGGUUGUCGGUGUUUGUACACAGCAGCGGGCCUCAUUACACAAAACACGGAUAGUCUUGUAAUCUUCAAAGAACUGUUGUAAUAACAAUUAACGCCGUUUGUUUUUUCUCUUAAACGAGUGAAUCAUGUCAAAUUUGUUAUUUGCUAUUUAAGUGUGAAUUCAAAAUGAUUCAUUACUAGUCAUUUAUUUAUGUUAGAAACUGUGCAAUCUGUGCAAGAUUAGACACAGUAAUGAAAGACGAUUUUUUAAGCAAGUGUGCCAAACAAUCUUUAAUUACAAAAAAAUUCUGAUAGUUCUGCUCUUUGUACUUUGUGAUUUGAGAGCUAUAAAUUAUUCUGUACUGUUGUGAAUAUUUUAUAUGUGAAAAAAAGUACACAACCUAGUGCUAUUUGCUAUCUCAUUUCUGUUAAUAUUUACUUAGUUUUAUCAUAUACACAGAAGGAAUGUGCUAACAUCUGUGUGUUGGGGACAGGGAUGGAGCAGCAAACGUGUCUUCCGAUAUCAACGAAAUGAUAAUACUACAAUGCAGCUUCACUUUGGGGUCUGCUAUACGAAUUUCAAAAACUCGAACUCCCUGAAACUCUAACUAUUUUGUCGUCCCCUUCAACUUCGAGUUAACGAAGUUCGACUGUAGUAUACAAAAACAUUGUUUAUUUGUUGUUAUACAUUCACUUGUUGGGAAGUCCUGCAAUAUGUGAACUCAAUAUAUACAAAAACAUUGUUGUUUAUUUGUUGUUAUACAUCCACUUGUUGGGAAGUCCUGCAAUCUGUGAACUCAAUAUAUACAAAAACAUUGUUGUUUAUUUGUUGUUAUACAUCCACUUGUUGGGAAGUCCUGCAAUAUGUGAACUCAAUAUAUACAAAAACAUUGUUGUUUAUUUGUUGUUAUGCAUCCACUUGUUGGGAAGUCCUGCAAUCUGUGAACUCAAUAUAUACAAAAACAUUGUU